CCCUCUUCCCCUCCUCCUUCCAAAAGUUUCUCCGCCUUAUUGCUUGCUUGCCUGCCUGCCUGCCUGCCUGCUUGCCAGCUCCAUUCUUCUUCAGCCAGCUAAUUUCCUUUGCGCCGCCUCUAGAUAGUUGCUGGCAUUCCUCAGACCCGCAUUCCUCGGUUGUGUCAGCGACCAUCGAUAACUAUCCGUUUCCAACUGCGCUGUAUACAUUCUCGAGUUACAUUGGGGAAAUUAAACGGCAACACAUGUUUAUUGCGCCCGCCGUCUUCGUCCAUCUACCGUUGCGCUUGUGGUUAUAGACGUGCGCUCAUACCUCGCACCCCUUCCUGGUCACCCCCUCCUCUCACCCAGGACUGAGUCCUGCUCUACUACCAGUUGCUGCGCGUUUGGCGAUCCAAGUGGCAGUCGCCGUUGAGUCGCCACAAUGCCUUCCACCUUUUGGGAGCGGACGAAAGGGACGUCUAAGAAAGGAUUCGACAAGGCAUGGCACACCCUCGACAAACUGGGGGAUCCCGUCAAUCGACUCUCCAAUCGAGUCGGUGCAGAGGCCUUCUGGCCCAUGGCCAUUGACAAAGAGAGCGACAAGGCAGCGCGCAUCUUACGAAGCUUCUGCAAGGAUGGCUUUUACAGCGAGGAGGAUGCGGAUCGCCAGAGUACCGACAGCGCGGCCAACCCGACGACCGGCAAGAUCGACCGUCCCAAAGGCAAGCAACGAGUCCUCAAGAAAAUCCCUUCGAGAGUCAUCCAGCAGGCCAAAGGCCUCGCCAUCUUCACCACUAUGCGCACGGGUCUCUGGCUAAGCGGCUCAGGCGGAAGCGGUGUUCUUCUGGCACGGAUACCUGAAACAGACGAGUGGAGUCCUCCGUCGGGCAUCAUGCUGCAUACGGCGGGCAUUGGGUUCCUAGCCGGAGUGGAUAUAUAUGAUUGUGUGGUCGUCAUCAAUACAUACGAAGCGCUAGAAGCAUUCAAGAAAGUUCGCUGCACCCUCGGUGGAGAAGUAAGUGCCUCCGCCGGUCCGGUUGGCAUGGGUGGUGUUUUGGAGUCAGAAGUCCACAAGCGACAAGCCCCGAUCUGGACCUACAUGAAAAGUCGGGGGUUGUAUGCGGGUGUCCAGGUCGAUGGAACGAUCAUCAUCGAGCGAAGCGAUGAAAACGAACGAUUCUACGGCGAGCGCAUAUCAGUGACGGAUAUCCUGGCUGGCAAGGCCAAAAACCCUCCUGCAUCGAUUCAAACACUGAUGCAAACCAUCAAGGCCGCCCAAGGAGAUGCUAAUGUGGAUGAAGCCCUCUUGCCACCUCCAGGGGAGGCUCCCGGCGAUGUCGAAGUCGGCCCUGCGAUCGGCUCCUUUGGCGUACCUGAUCCAGAGGAUCCCGAUCCGUUUGGUGUAAAGGCAUUAGAAGCGGAGGGUCUUUUCAUUCGCGAGGCUGGUUCGCGAAGCAGACCGUCGCAGGAGGCCUUCGAAUUCAAACCCGCCCCAAGCAGUCCUGUGUAUGCCACCUUCCGCCGCAGUCUCGAUAGCUCACCCCGCAGCAGCUGGCGCGCGAGUGUGCAGAGCUACGCCAGCAUAGAUCGAGGGACCCAGACAGAUGAUGGUCCGGCUACAGCGCCACCUUCUGUCAGUCGCGCCUCUUCCAGGAGUUAUCGAGAUCACGAGGAGUCCCGUUUGGGUGCUGUUAUCCCCGAACAUGGCGAAUAUCAUAUUCCCACAGACGCUCCGGUCGCCGCCGAAGAAGAAGACGACUUGGUGGACGAUGACGAUCUCGAGGUGCACGAAGUCAGCAGUGCAACGGUCUCCAAGCGAGAAAGCACCGCCCAGUCCCCGGUUUCCAUUGAAGACUCAACAAUGCCUUCCGAACUUCGACGUUACUCACCCACCUUCACGCGUGCCCGGUUGGUAACCAUUCCCAAGCGCGUCCCACCUGCGCUUCCACCCCGAAACCCCUCGCGUACUCCUGGUUCUAUCUCAACUUCGACCCCCACUUCCCCGACCUCUUUUUCCCGCUCCCACAGUCGUCGCCGGUCUGUGGCCUCGAGCCCUGGACGCUCUGGAAUGAUUGGGCUUACCGAACUACCCCUGCACUCCCUGUCUGACGACUCGCUCAGUGACUCCUCGUCCAACGCAGCGGCGGAGUCGUACAACAAGACAUCACCUGACCGGGAGGAUUUCCACUCCGUGUCCAGCCUCCACGACUCGGAUGCCGCUUCGGAAACAGAAGCCAGCAUCAAGGAGAUUGAUGCCAAGUCUGACUUGCCGGUCAUUGCUGCCGCCGACAAGGCUGAACUUGCAAAGACACUUGCUUCCGAUACAGAUGUCAAGGGCGCAGCAGCGGCAUCCUCUCACCUUGCAUGAAGAUGCGUCACAACCUUGCUUUCAUCAGCGUUUCACUUCAAAAAGACUUUGCUUUCGUCUGUAUAUAUAUAUAUCCUUCAGGCACAUGCUUGGGACGGUGGUCCUCUCAUAUGACACCGAUUGACCUGCAAGGCACCUAAUAUCGGUCCUCGCGAUCUUUCUAUGUCUGUGACUUUAUUUAUGCCCUUCGUUGUCAAUUUUGC